CGUCUACGGCACCGACGCGGCGCCACCACUGGCGGCUAUAUAUUUACUUUGUUAGUCCUCUUCAUUUCUCCACAUUAUUUUUUUUUCUUUUUCCCCAAUUUUUCCAUCUCUCCAGAAACCGCCAUACCCAUCUCGCCGGCGGCCGCCACAAUCGCAGUUUCUUUAUUUUUCAUGGAGAAUUACCAGAUGUUCUUCCCUUGCCCCGGCGGCGCUCUGCCGCCUUAUCAUCCCGAUCUGCCGUCCGCCAUGGACGCCGCGGCUGCUGCGUCUCCCGUUUUUGCCGGUUUUCACGGCGGCGAUCUCCGUUCAGGUGGGUUUUUGGGGCUGAAGACAGAGGUCGAUGCGGCAGCGGCGGCGAUGGCCGUGGUCGACGCCGACGGUAAUGGCAGCGAGAAUUACCAGAUCAGCUGUGACGGCGGCCAUGAAGAAGGAGAAGUGAAAUUGAGCAAAAAGAAAGGGGAGAAGAAGGUGAGGAAACCAAGAUAUGCAUUUCAGACAAGGAGCCAAGUUGACAUUCUUGACGAUGGCUAUCGUUGGAGAAAAUAUGGUCAAAAAGCUGUCAAAAACAACAAGUUUCCCAGGAGCUAUUAUAGGUGCACACACCAAGGGUGCAAUGUGAAGAAGCAAGUGCAAAGGCUAACAAGAGAUGAAGGAGUGGUGGUGACAACUUAUGAAGGCAUGCACACCCACCCCAGUGACAAGCCCUCAGACAACUUUGAACAAAUCUUGAGUAGAAUGCAAAUUUACAGCACUCCUUUCUGAGAAAUUAUUAUUGAUGAUCUUCCAUGAUUUUUGAUGAAGAACAAGAAGAAGAAGAAGAAGAAGAUCAAGAAGAAGCUUUAAAAGAAAGCCUCACCAUGGAAUCCAAUCAUUAGUUGCUACUUGGGGAUCAUGUAAUUAGAACAAAGGCUGUUUUUUGUUUUUGUUUUUGUUCUUGUUAUUUUUGUAGAAAUUAAUAAAGUCUAUGCACAAGGCAGCUAGCUGGUAAUAAAUAAUAUAUGUUUGAAGAUAUGAUAUGAAACAUAUAUCCAUCGUUUGUUUCUUUUU